CUUACCAGCAUGCCCAAAUAACUAAACCGGCGCAUUAGUCCCAAUGCCAUCGAAUUAAUCCUCUGUCGAGCAAAUUGGAAAAACAAAAGAUGGAGCUUCUUCAUGUACUUCUCGCAGCUUCGUAUAUUUUACUUGUUAGCUUUUCUCAAUCUUCUUCAAAGUGUCAAGGCAAAACUCUCCCCUACAUGACUCCAGAUGUCACACAGAUCUCUGGAAGGUCAUUCGAUUACAUAAUAGUAGGGGGAGGCACCGCUGGUUGCCCCCUGGCAGCAACACUUUCAGAGAGAUAUUCUGUGCUGUUGGUCGAACGAGGAAGCUCACCAUAUAAAAAUCCUUUUGUAUUGGACAAAAGGUUCUAUGGUUUCGCGUUGUUCCAAACCAAUGAAUUCUCAUCAGUUUCUCAAAGUUUUAUCUCCAAGGACGGCGUUUCCAACCUUAGAGGACGAGUUCUCGGAGGAUCAUCAGCAAUAAAUGGUGGGUUCUAUAGCAGAGCUAGCGAUGCUUUUGUUAGAAGAGCUGGAUGGGACGAAGAAUUGGUCAAGGAAUCUUAUAAGUGGGUGGAGUCUAAAAUGGUUUUUAAACCUGAGUUGACCAAAUGGCAAUCUGCUGUCAAAUUUGGCCUUCUUGAAGCAGGAAUUCUACCUUAUAAUGGGUUCAGCUUGGAGCAUGUAGAGGGCACAAAGAUGGGAAGGACAGUGUUUGAUCACGAUGGGAGAAGGCACACCUCUGCUGAUCUUUUAGAGACAGGGAACCCAGAUAAUAUCGUAGUUCUUCUGAAUGCAACUGUAAAGAAUAUCAUCUUCCAUAAAAAAGGUACUGAAAAUGAGACAACAGUUCACGGUAUUAGGUUCAUCAAGAGCGAUGGCAACGUAAGUCAAACUUAUGAAGCUUAUCUGAAGCAGCUAGAGAAUUCAGGUUCAUGGGGUGAUGUUAUUCUGUCAGCAGGAACAUUAGGGAGUCCCCAGAUCCUAUUGUUGAGUGGCAUCGGACCAAAAAGACACCUGAAGAACUUUGGUAUCCCACUCGUGCUAGACUUUCCAGAGAUUGGACAAGAGAUGGUAGACAACCCGUCCAUAUCCGUUUUGUUAGAGUCAGACCCCCAAGUUCAGUUACCAGAUCCACCUCAAAUCGUGGGCAUAGCAGAUGACUUCAAAUUCAUAGUUCAGGGAUUAAUCCUACCAAUAAGCAUCAAUGCAACAAGGAUACCAAUUUCAAUCAAGCUUGCAUUUCCAGCGUCCAAAGGGAAACUGGAAUUGAACAGCACUGACCCUAGGCAAAACCCUUUAGUUGAAUUCAACUAUCUAGCCAAGGAGAAGGACAUGAAGGAAUGUAUCAAGAUGGUUCAGUUGGUUGAGAGAGUGGCAAGGUCCAAAUCCAUUGCUGGGUUCCUGGGUAAGGAACACUACAGUAAUUCGAAGUCUCCUCGUGAACAGAGAGAGUUCUGCAAGAAGAAUGUUAGGACUUUCUAUCAUUACCACGGUGGUUGCGCUGUUGGAUCGGUUGUUGACAAUGACUACAGAGUACAUGGGGUAAAGGGAUUGAGAGUAGUAGAUGGAUCGACUUUCUUGGAAUCACCGGGAACGAACCCAAUGGCUACGCUGUUGAUGCUAGGAAGGUAUCAAGGGAUCAAGAUUCUCGCGGAAAACAACCAGCAUGAACCAUCCAAAUCCAACCAUACCCACACCCACAUAUAGAAUAAUUAAGCUUUAUGCGUCACCAUCGGAGAAUGUUCAGUAACUUGAUGUGCGUCUUCCAGUUCAACGUAGCAAUAAUCCACCCUCUCUCUCUCAAUAAGAAGUAAUAAUCCAAAUUAGAGUAAACAAGCUUACAUUGUCUUACAUUGUAAUUCACAGAUCACCCUACCUUGUCUUAUUAUCUCAUUUCUCAAUGCAGUUUAUUUCUAUAACAAGUCUUACAUAUCUUCGUUUACAAA